AUGUUUGAACAACUAGCAAUUCUCACCCCACAAGGCACUGUUCUUUACCAAUAUAACCCUUUAGGAAAAAAGUUCCAAGAGGCUCAAAUCAAUGCCUUCAUUAAUCAAUUAAUUGUUUCUCCAGCCACAAAGAAGGAUGAUAUCACGAAAAAAUUUAGUGUCUUCGUUGUAAACAGUAGUGUUAGUUCUAAAAAAUCUGUCAAAAACUUUUGCGCCAUGUUUCAUGUUAAUAAGCAGCCUGAAAUAUAUUUUGUAGUUACAUACGCAGAGUUAUCAUUAGAACUGAAUAGAGAUUCAGAAGAAUUAUUAAAACUAGCAAUUGACUUAUGGGAUUCCUUAGAACUAUCAACGUCAGUAUCCGAAAAUUUAAACCAAUAUAAGACCAAUGCAAAUGAGCAUAGCCAAGUGUUUAUCUUGAAUGAUAUGGAAGAAGAUUUAAGUAAAUAUGAUAAAUAUUUAAAAGUUAAAUAUGAAGAAUCAAUAAAGGCCAAACUCACAACAUUAUCAGAACUUGAAACUAAAGAAAUAAAUGGCUCUCCAGAAAAAUUGGUACACAAGAGGAUAAGAGAAGCUAAAAAGACAAGUACAAGCGGUGGUAGAAAAUGGGGUCGUGAUGGUAUGAUGGAAGAGAUUAAUACUGCUGAAGCAUCAAAAUUGGAUUUCUCUGAAUCUGAUAGAGACCCCAGCAGUAACAAUAGCCCCACUCCAGAACCGAUAAUUAACAAAGAACAAUUUGGCAGCAGAGAAAAAAAUGGUGAUUAUUUAAUUAAGGAAAUCGAUGAUUUGCUGACCUCUAACAAAAAUAAUGAUGAAGAAAAGGAUAUCAAUAAUAAUAGCGGCUACUUCAUGUCAGGUUUUAGCUUCUUGCAAAAACAUGUAAUUGGUAAUAAAAUAAUUACUGAGAAGGAUCUUCUUUCAGUGCUUGACAAGCUAAAAAAGCAAUUAAUUUCUAAAAAUGUUGCCCCAGAAGCUGCUAACUAUUUAGCGGAUCAAGUUUCUCGUGAUUUAGUCGGUUCUAAGACUGCCAUCUGGACCAGUGUUGAAAAUACUGCUCGAGAAUCAUUAACUAAGGCACUAACACAAAUUUUAAUGCCAAAUGUGUCUGUUGACUUAUUACAUGAAAUUCAAAAAAAGACUUCUAUCUUAGAUAGUGAAGGUAAAAAACAGCCGUACGUUUUUUCUGUAGUUGGUGUAAAUGGUGUUGGAAAAUCUACAAAUUUAUCAAAAUUAGCAUUUUGGCUCUUACAAAAUAACCAAAAAGUUUUAAUUGUAGCAUGCGAUACAUUCAGAUCUGGUGCUGUUGAACAAUUAAGAGUGCACGUUGAAAAUUUAGCUCAAUUGACUGAUGAGUCUCACGUUCGUGGUUCAAAAAAUAAGAGAGGUAAAUCAGGUAACGAUUUUGUUGAAUUAUUUGAAGCUGGCUAUGGGGGCUCUGAUUUAGUCACUAAAAUUGCUAAACAAGCGAUCAAGUACGCGAAAGAUACUGGGUUUGACAUUGUUUUAAUGGAUACAGCUGGUAGAAGACAUAAUGAUGCUACAUUGAUGUCCCCAUUGAAAGCGUUUGCUGAACAAGCUAAACCAGAUAAAAUUAUUAUGGUCGGUGAAGCUCUAGUUGGGACUGAUUCCGUCCAGCAAGCUAAAAACUUUAAUGAUGCAUUUGGGAAAGCAAGAAAUUUAGAUUUUUUUAUUAUAUCUAAGUGUGAUACUGUUGGUGAAAUGCUUGGUACUAUGGUAAAUAUGGUAUAUGCUACCGGUAUUCCAAUAUUAUUUGUAGGUGUUGGCCAGACAUACACUGAUUUAAGAACUCUAAGUGUCAAAUGGGCUGUAAAUACAUUAAUGUCAUAA